AUGGCGGAGCCGGCGCUGCUGCGGGAGUACGUGUCGGCACUGGCGGCCCGCGCGGUGCAGGGACAGCCCGCGGCCUGCGCCGACCCUGCGCUCAAGGCCCGGGCGCGGCGGCUGCUGGGCCCGGGGCGCCGCGGGGCCCUGGACGUGCGCGGCGUGGCCGAGCGCUGCCGGCGGGCGCGGGGCGGCCGCGCCCUGCGCGACCUGCUCAAGGCGCUGGAGCUGCUGGAGCUGCUCUGCGUCAACCUCCUCCUGUGCCCCUGGCGCCGGGAGAUCCGCUCCCUCAAGUGCCUGCAGCUGCCCCACCUCCAGAAGGAACAGAAGACUUUCACUGGGAAUUUUGUCUACUACAUCCAGCCAGUGCUGCCAGAGGACAUUGUGAAAGCAGUCCUGGAGAAAAUAGGUUAUGUUGCAACUACACCAACAGAGUUUUCACUUGUCAAAAAGAGAAACAAUGAGGAGACAAAGCAGACUGCAUUUGAGAUAUUCCUGGCAAGAAUCGAGUGUGAAGCCAUCCUUGAGAUGACAAAUGAAGAAACACAUGGCAAUUUGGAGAAGAGCCUGCAGCAGGGCACACAGACACAUCGGCAUCGAGGAGAGGAGGAUGAGGAACAUCAGACACCCCAGAGAGGAGACACUGAAAGCCUGGGAAAUGAAGGGAGCAGUGAGACACCUUUGUACCUUGUCCCCCAACAGAAGCGUUCAGCUACCUGUGCUGCAUCCUUUGAAGCUGCUGGGAAUGCAAGGAUCAAAGGGGACGUGGCUCAGUCAGCAGCUGCUGCAUCCCCUGGCAGCCUCCAGGCGCAUCUCCCGGGCAAGGGCUCAGACAGCGAGGACUUCCUGAUCAAAUACAGUGACAUAGUCAUAGCACAAACACCAAUCUUCAGUGAGAGUCUCUCUCCAAAGGCUUUGGAAAAGGAGCCAAGAGCCAGGCUGAGUGAGGAGUGUGCCUUGGCAGGGGCUGCAGAGUUGGCUUCACGAGCCCUGGGGCCUGCGCCUCUGUCCCCGGGAGCCAGCGGCCCCCCAGCCUUUGCCAUGUUUGCUGACAGCUCCUGUGACAGCAAAACCACCUUGGAGUUUGAAGCUCCAGGAGUCCCAGAAGGAUCAAUUGAAGCAGAAAUUAAUGAUGCCAUAAAUUGCAUAGACCCAGCCCCUGGUGAUGAACCCUUUGAGCUGAAGUCUCUGCUCUACAGGGACUUUUCCUCUGCCCAAAACUGCUGCGUCCCCAGGGAAGAGGACGUUUGCAAGAUGUCUUUAACCUUCACAGAACUACAAAUGAAGGAUGCUCAGGAAGAACUUAUGUAUCCAGUAGAGGAAAGUGGCCAGCCUGAGGCAGUGGCCUAUGCAGAAGGAAGUGACAGGCACAUUAAAGAAUUGAAUCACUCCCAAAUAAAACAUACAUACCUGACUGAUGCUGAGCUGCACAAGAGAGCGUCGUCACACCCUGAGCCACCUUCAGCUCUGUGCUGUACUGCUGGGCACACAGAGGAUUCCACAGCUGGUUCUGACAGCCAGAGACUGUUCAUGGAUCCUGCUAAGGGACACCCAGCUUCUGAGUGCUUCAGGCAUGUCAGAGAGCCCCCCAACCUCACUUACAUCCCCCCCAAAAGCAUUGAUGUGCCGCCCUCACACGGGAGCAGGAGGAGCCUGGUGCAGCCUGCAGGUGACUCUGCUGGAGGCAGGGAAGGGAAGCUGGAGCACUGCAAUUCCCAAGAGACUGACAGCCAGGAGCCUUAUGUCAUCAUUGACAGAACCGAGCAGGCAGUGCUGUGCCAUCACACCUGAGUCUGUAGUGCUUUAUCUGUCAUGACCUGGGGGGGAUUGUCCUCUCACCUGUGGCCUUGAUUCUGUUGUCAGGGAGAUGAUUAGCUUUGUCACAACAGUUCUAAAACCCAAACCGCAUCACUGCUUUGGGACAGUAAAUAGCAGGAGUUACACAAAUUCCUAAUGGUUCCUCUCAAAAGGAAACCUGAAUGGUCACCUUUUUAAAGGGUAGGCAAACUUCUAUAAAUUUAAAUCCAUUUAAUUCAUCAGUCGGAUUCCUUCUGUCUGUUCUUAAUGCCAGACAAGUUUCUUCAGCUGGGCACAUCCUACUUCUCUUUUUUCCCUUCACAGACCUAUUCCUGGAAUACUCUUCCAGUACAAGGUAAAUUCUUCUAAACUGGAAGAAGUUUAGAAAUGCCAUACGGGACUGUGCUUCUCUUAACUCUCUGCAUUCCUUUGAAGCUGUCUGAGCUAAUCUUCCUCCUGACUUCAGUUGAAAACAGGUUUAGAAAGUUUGAUAACAUUCCCUUAGCUUUAAAGAGGGAAACAGCACUGUGCACACUUUGUUUUGUAGAGGGAUUAACCUGUGUUAUAGGUUUUAUAUCUUAUCAAUAUACAACCAUUUGUUACCGAAGUAUUUUGUGGCCACCACCACAAUUUCCAUGAGAAGCCUUGAGCAUUGUAACUGUUCACUGCCACCAGCAGGGAGAGGUCCAGCUAUAGCUGCCAUUUCCCUUGCCCCUGCUCCUGACACUUAAUUCUGCACAGAAUUUUUCUGCAGGCCAGUUGAUCUCACUAAAAUGAAGAGAAAAAAAGUCUCAUUCUUCACCAUUUUAAUGGCAGGAGAAAAAAUCUGCUCAGAAAAGCAUCCCAGUAAGCAGCAGAGGCAGGAUCAGGGAUAUCCUGCAGGUGGGAGUGCUGUGUGGAAAGCUCAGGAGUGUUGGAUCAGCUGGAAGCUGGGGUCCCAGCACUGAAAGCCUGUGUCACACACAGCUCUGAAUGAAUUUAGGAAAGCACACUGCUGCUGUGCUUAGGCACAGUCUCCAGUGCUUCUUUAUACAAAUACCUCCAGAGGGUGUCAGAGGGUGGUGCCCAGCAGCAGGACAAGGAGCAGUUUUCCUAAACUAAAACACAAAAAUAUUUCAUCCCAACAAGAGGAAGAAUUUGUUUUCCUGGAGGGGGCAGAGCCCUGGAGCAGAUGCCUGGGGAGGCUGUGGAGUCUUCCUUUCUGGGACAUUCUAAAGCUACCUGGACAUGCUCCUGUGUCACCUGCCUGGGCAGGGGGGUUGACUAGGUGACCUCCACAGGCCCCUUCCAACCCUAAAAAUUCUGGGAUUCUAUGAUACACUUGUUACCUAGAAAGACACUUUAAUAAUGCUUCAAGUAGCUUUUUCAGUAGCACUGAAAUGCGUGCUGAUUUGGGCUGGGGUAGAGUUAAUUUUCUUCACAGUGGCUAAUAUGGAGCUCAGUUCUAAAUGCCAAAAAAUGCCUUUCAUGUACAGUUAAAAUAUUAUCUGAAACUAAUUUUGUGUGAAUUGUUCAUAACUUACUUUCAUCCCAGAAAAAUUCAGAGGAGCACACAUGGAUUAGACUAGAAAAACCUCAGGAACUAAAAUAUAAAGAUUUGCUUUUUGAAGAACUAAUGGUUGAAAUUCUGUCAUCCCCUGAUUCCAGCAAUGUUAAGAGAAACAGAAUUUGCCCAAGGUAACACCAGGGGACAGGACUGCCUUCAGCUCUGGGUGGGCUUGUGAGAAAUGGGUGUUAGGAACAAAAAGUGUUCACAGGCUGUGUCCUGACAAGUAACAGUGGCAUCCUUUGGGCUGUAAGAUUCUCUGUACUAAACCAUUAAGUGACAUCCUCUGUGCUGUGCAAAAUGUGUGCCCAUAGUGAAAUUAGAAUUCAGAACAAGCUGCAGAUGACUGAGCUUCAAACAUACAGAACCAUUUCCAAAGAAGUCGUUCUUUUGGACUCUUAGAGAAGAAGAAAUUUUGAAAGUUUCAAGAAUAUCUGGUAUCCCCCUACAAAGAAGCUGCAGUAAGCAACUGCACACAAAAUCUUACUUUUAAGCUGGAAUUCUAAAGAUUUACAAGAGAGCAGGAGAAUGGCAUUCCUGGAAUCACAAGCUUUAGUACUAGCUUAGUACUUCACUAGAAAAUGCUCUCUCUGUGCAAUUACUGUUAUUAAGUUGCAGAUUUAGAAAAGAAACAGCUGAUCAGAAUAACUGGACAGGAGCUGCAAUUCCUGACUGGGAGCUCUUUCAGUGCAAUGGGUUUUAGGCAAACCACAACCCUACAGAAGCAGCACCAUCACAUAUUGUUGAAAAGCCACAUAACUGUUUCUGUCCUGCACUAAGUGCCUGACAAAUAUCUGUAUAAAGUGAUCAAAGUGCUAAUGAAGCCUUGCUUGUUCCAGCUAAACCAACCAAAACCAGUAGGGGAAUAAUAAAUUCUGUACUUCUGUGAUCAUUCCCCUAAAAUUACCCAGAAAAUCAAUGUGAGAGCAGUCUGAGUGCUGCAGGGAAAGGAUUCCCUUGAAGGCAACACCCAGAGGGUAAAGCACAAGUGAAGGGCAACUCUGCAUUUCUUUUGACAAGUUCAGGAAUGAAACCCCACUGGUUUUCUCUACUCUCCAAGUACUUACAGGUCAUAAUAAACUGAUUGUAACACAAACCCAAAACAAAACCUGUGUUUUUCUUUAUAAAAAGAAGUAAAAUCAAAGAAUGCAAACCAGCUAAGAAAUCAGUUAAUUCUAGGAAGUUUUUAGAAACAUUUGAAAAGAAUAACAAACACAGUCAAACAAAUACAUGCACCCUGUAUUUUCACUAUUCCUCAGCUCAGAACAGGGCUGGGGUUCUCAUGAACAAAUAAAAUAAGCUCUCUAUAAAAAGCUAAAAAACCCUCAUGGCCAUUCUGCAGUCACUUACAAAAACUGUGGUUUUUUUUGUUUUUGUUUUUUUUUUUUUUUGCACUGAAUUCAGUGGGACUACCAGUGCACAGUUCUCUUCAGAACUAAGCUAUAUCGUGAUGUCCCGUAGAGCAGAAAGAACUUCUGAACUCAAUGAAGGUGCAAUUAAUGUGGGCAGGAUUAGAGCAAAACACCAUUUCAAACUGGUAAGAUCUGCUUAACAAAGCUACUUUAACUCGAUGUACUUCAUUUGCUGCCUCCAAUAAUAAAAUAAUGAACAUCC